AUGACGCAGGUUUCAGAAUGUUUUGCGUUUGGGAUCGGUGAAGGAGCCUCCACAUCCCUCAUUAAAGGCAUGGCCCGGGCAGGAAAUGGAACCUUCGAGUUUAUCACCGGCAAAGACCGCAUGCAACCCAAGGUUCUUCGGGCGCUCAAGUUUUCCCUACAGCCCACCGUGAAGGACGUCUCUCUUAAAUGGACCCUUCCUUCUGGUGUGGAGGCCAUCGUCCUGUCCAAAGUCCCCACUACCAUCUUCCAGGGACAAAGGUCCAUUGUCUACGCUCAGCUAAAGGGAAAGGUGGAGAAUGAAGCUGAAGGUGAGGUCUCUCUGCAGUACAAGUUUAAAGAUGAAGUUGUAAAGAACGACAUUCGUUUCCCGCUGAACGUGCAGAGUGCAGAAAGGCCCACCAUCCACAGACUGGCAGCCAAAGCUCUGAUCUCUGAGCUGGAACAUGGAACAGAGUCACAGUCUGAAGAGGUGAAGAAGAAGAUCCUGGAGACCAGCCUGCAGUCUGGUGUUGUCUCUUCUCUCACAGCUUAUGUAGCCAUCAACAAGGACACCAAGACACGUGUGGAGGGUCCUCCUGUGCGCAGGGACAUCCCAGCUCCAGCAUUCAUGAUGACGCAGUCAAUGCCUAGAAUUAUGGCUUUUGGUGCUUCUCCCAUGCCAGGAUCCUUGGGAGGAGUGGCUUUCAAUUCUGCUCCGAUGUCAGGAGCCUUGAGAAAGAUGGCCAAAUCUCCUCCGGAAUCCGCCGGUACCCGGGACAUUGCCUCGUUUUUUGUCCGAGGCCAGCGAUUGGUGCCUUUCUCUGAGGGCCGCACCAUGCCACCUAAAGUGUCGGCCAAGCCGAAGGCCGCGGGGGACCUGCUUCACCCGAACCCGCAGGGAGCCGGUAAGCCAGCGAUCAAAGCGCCUGCAUCCCAGAACCCUUUAUCCCAGCAGACUGCCUGGAAUCAGACAGAGGGCCAGGCCGGGGGGUCAGGGAUCUGCUGCAAGCCUUUAGAGCUGACUUUGACUCCUGGGCAGCCCGACUGGAGGGUGCUCUCGGGAGAGAUGGGGGAGCUGCGCCAGCAAGUUGCCAGUAGUGACAACAGGGUUUCCGCAUUGUCUGUCACGGUUUCCACCCACAACGCCUGCAUAGAUGCAUUGGAGGCUACCCAAGCUGCACAUAGAUCUCAUCUACAGCAACUGCAACUCCGCGUGGAAGACGGGGAAAACCGCAGCCGCAGGAAUAAUAUACGACUCAGGGGGAUCCCUGAAGCUACCCAAGGCCCGCAUCUCCAUGCCACCGUUACUGCUAUACUUAAUUCGGUGCUAGGGAAACCCCCCACUGAGCCUAUUGAACUUGAUCGAGUACACCGAGUUGCUGGAGCGGGUGUGGAUCGCCAGAACUUGAGUGUGGGGGAUGGACCACUGCGAAUGAAAAUGGCAUCAGCAGUACCAAUAAGUACUACUGAUCUAAAUUUCGAAAUCGAAGAGUCUACCGACCUGCUCAUGGGAAUGGACGACUCAUUUUCACCACCACCACCCCCACCACCUGCUCCCUUAGUGGAGACCCCCGCUCUCUUGAAGCUGAUCUCCCUGCAGAAUGCGGACGGAUCCUGGAAACUGACUCCUGAAUUUUCUGCUGUUCUUGGAAUAUCCGAGACCGACAUAAAGGCCAAAAACCCCAACCAGAACGUAGAGGUGUCGGUGUGGGUGACGGUCCUGGCGGUAAUUUGGCUUCACGCCACCAGUCUGGAUGAGAGAGAGGAGUGGGAGCUGCUGGAAGGGAAGGCCGUCUCCUGGUUCAGGGCCAGAGCAGGUUCCUCUCUGGGUGAGUUUGUCAGAGCCGGGAAUGAGCUGCUGAAAUCCUCCGUGAACCCCAAAGUGUUCGGCCUGUAAGGGGAGACCUCCGGAGGAACCAAGA